CAUCCCGUCGUGCGACGCUAAGCAGAUUGGCGCGGGUGGAUUUAAGCCGUCGCCUUCUCACUCGCGCGCUGCGCUAACUUGUCCAUUAAGGAGCCGACAGAGGAGACGCACAAACGGAGCGCAGGUCGGCGGCGUCGGUUCCGGAGGGUCCAGACGGAGAAUGCGCUGACGACCGGACGGAUCGGACGACGACGGACGCGGUCCGGAGACGGGAGCGCGCAGAGACGAGCCCGGAGCCCGAACGCCCCAGAACCGAACCUGCUCCCGCAACACCUUGAUGCGGCUCAUACAUGAAAGCGACCGCCUGCGGAGUCGGAGAAGGAGCCCGUCAGCCCGGGGCGCGCGGCCCGACACCGGCCACCAUGUCCGGCAACUCCUCUGACUUCCAGAACCGCACGGCGCCGGCGGACGCGGCCGCCCGCUACAACUUCCCGGCGCUCGCAUUCGGCGUCGUGCUGAUUGUGGUCAUCGCCGGAGGAAACGUGCUCGUGUGUCUGAGCGUUUAUUUGGAGAAGGCUCUGAAAACCACGACCAACUACUUCAUAGUCAGUUUGGCGUUCGCGGACCUGCUGCUGGCGGUUCUGGUUCUGCCGCUCUUCGUUUACGCAGAGUUCCAGGGGGGAGUCUGGUCCCUCAACAUGCUGGUGUGCGACGCCCUGAUGACCAUGGAUGUGAUGCUGUGCACCGCGUCCAUCUUCAACCUCUGCGCCAUCAGCGUGGACAGGUUCAUUGCCGUGUCCGUCCCGCUGAACUACAACCGCCGGCACGUGGACCGGCGGCAGCGGGUGCUGCUGGCGGCCACGUGGCUGCUGGCGCUGGCCGUGGCGUCGCCCGUCGUCUUCGGCAUCAACGACGUGGGCGGCCGCGACCCGCGCGAAUGCAAGCUGGAGGACGCCAACUACGUGGUGUACUCGUCCGUGUGCUCCUUCUUCAUCCCCUGCCCCAUCAUGGUGCUGCUCUACGUGGGCGUGUUCCGCGGCCUCCGGCGCUGGGAGGAGACCCGCAAGGCCAAGCUGCGCAGCAGCAUCGAGGCCUGCAGGAAGCUGCAGCACGCCGCCGCGGCCGGCGCCGGGCCCGGACCCGGCCCGCUGCCCAUGCCCCUGCCCCGGGUCAUCGAGCGGGACCUGGCCCAGUCCCGCAUGGACGACACGGACGACGACGUGCAGCAGGAGAUCCCGUACCCGCGGCAGUACAGGGAGAACUCUGUGCCCACGGUGACGUUCAGCCAGCAGCAGAGGAGGAAGAGGGCCAAGAUCAACAGCAGGGAGAGGAAGGCCAUGAGGGUGCUGCCCGUGGUAGUGGGCUGCUUCCUCUUCUGCUGGACUCCGUUCUUCGUGGUCCACACCAUGCGCGCCGUGUGUCUGACGUGCGACAUCCCCCCCGGCCUGAUGAGCACCGUCACCUGGCUGGGCUACGUCAACAGUGCUCUCAACCCCAUCAUCUACACCAUCUUCAACACGGAGUUCAAAAAGUUCUUCAAGAAAUGCUUUAAGAGCUGCUGCUGACGCUGGAUAUCCCUCCACUGGAAGCACUGAGCUCAGACACGCUGAUCAAAGUCCAGUGUUCAGUUAAUGUGACUGCUAGGUUCCGUCCAGUCUCCUCACGGUCUCUGGGAAUCACUGCACAGACAAAAAACUGGUGGAAACCUGCUCAGAGCAGCGAAAGAGAAACUCUAUUAUCUUCACCAAGGAUUUUGUGCUUCUCUCUCUGAGCACAGAGCUGCAUGUUAUAACACGCUGCAGAGCACAGGAGGGUCCGUCUGAGGCCACAGCAACACAAAGACUGGUGAAAAGAUUUUAUUUUUAAUGCAAGAAAUGCUAAAAUGACUCCAAAUGUUGGAAAACAUUCGCUCUAUUGCCAAAAGUGAGACUGAAGGAUCGACACCCGUCAAGUUCGAUUAGGGCAGUUUAGCAUUAAGGCUGUGAAAAAAGGCCGAGGUCUGGUCUGAAGUCCCCUAAAGUCGAGCUUUAUCCACAUUUUGCCAGCGUACUCAUCCACAGGCUUCACCUGCGUGGACACUAUGGUUCCUCACAGGCCAAGUUUGAAAUUCUUUUGCCAUAGGAGAGUCUUUAAGUCUGAACUUUGCUUGUAAAUGCAUUUGAAUAUCUGUAUUUAUUGAAAAAUAAAAUUCAUAUUUUUAUGCUGUUUUCUUCUUCACAUACAAAGUGAUGUUUGUAGUAAUUAACAGUGAUCAUGUGUCAUAUUUGUUGGAAGUACGUGAGCCUGUGGCUUCAGGUCUGAUGCUCACCUUGCAGAUGUACCUUCAGUUAAAUGCUCGCAGUCAUUGGUUGUUCAUUUAUCAGCCCUCAAAUUUUUAUGAGCUGCCUGCUUCACUCUGAUUAACAUCAGAACUCUGACUCUGCUAUUUCAAAAUAUUUUAACCAUUCUAUCACACCUACACCACUAUCACGAAAACAGCACGAGGAAAUAUCUUUUAGGACAUGGUGUUUUAAUGCUUUCAUUAAAAAGGUCCAGAGAGCUUUAGAAGCAGUUUUUAGGCCAAGAUAGCGUGACGCUGCUCUCAUUCUUUAUGUUGGGUUUUCUUUCAGCCUAUGGCUUCUCUGUAGAGACACAUUUAAACAGCAAAAACACUACGAAGUAAUCAAAGCACUGAGCUGUGUGGCCUAUUAUUACCUGCAGUGAUCCUACGGAGACACUAAUGUGGCACAAACAUGGCCGAGGUGCUGAAGUCUCGUUAUAAAGCACGGAGGGUAGAAUGAAUGAAAAAAAAAAGACAA